AUGCUGCUCCUCCAGCUGCUUUUGCUGCUCUCCGCCACCGCAACCAACAGUGCAACCGCUUCCUCAUCCAGCCACGAUGGUGACGAGGGAGCCCUUCUCGCUUUCAAGGCAAAGAUCUCCAGCCACUCCGGCGUGCUGGACUCGUGGAACCAGAGCACCAGCUACUGCAGCUGGGAGGGUGUCACCUGCGGCAAGCAACACCGGUGGAGGGUGGUAAGCCUGAACCUCAGUUCCAAGGGGCUCGCCGGCACCAUCUCCCCUGCCAUCGGCAACCUCACCUUCAUGCGCUUACUCGACCUGAGCUACAACAGCCUUCACGACGAGAUCCCUGCCAGCAUCGGCUCCCUCAUGCGCCUCCGUCGCCUUCACCUGGUCCAAAACACGCUCACUGGUGUCAUCCCAAGUAACAUCAGCCGCUGCAUCAGCCUCCGUGAGAUUAUCAUCCAAAACAACAAAGGCCUGCAGGGAAGUAUCCCAGCCGAGAUUGGCAACCUGCCGGCGCUCUCGUUUCUAGGGUUGGACAACAACAGCAUUAGCGGAACCAUCCAGUCGUCUCUUGGCAAUCUUUCCCGGUUGGCCGUCUUGUCCUUGUCAGACAACUAUCUUGAGGGAUUGAUCCUUGCAGGCAUCGGGAACAAUCCGUAUCUUGGUUUCCUCCAGCUCUCCGACAAUGAUCUCUCCGUUCCUGCUGAAUUGGGCAAAUUGCAACAACUUGAAGUGUUUGCUCUGGAUGAGAACAUGUUAGAGGCAAACAACGAGGAAGAGUGGGAAUUUAUUGAUUCUUUGGUGAAUUGUAGCAGAUUACAGGGACUGGACAUUGGAUUCAACAGAUUUUCAGGGAAGCUGCCAACUCCGUUGGUUAAUCUGUCUAUUAAUCUCCGGUGGCUGCAGAUUUCCAACAACAACAUAUCCGGUGUCAUCCCAUCAGAUAUUGGAAAUUUGGUAGGUCUUGAGGAGCUUGAUUUUAGCAUAAACUUACUCACUGGGGUCAUUCCUGAAAGCAUCGGGAAGCUUACGCGAUUGCAGCAGCUAGCCUUUGCUUCAAACUACCUGUCAGGACAUCUACCAUCCUCCAUCGGAAACCUUUCUAGCCUACUUCAAGUUUAUGCAGGCGACAACAGCUUUGAGGGGCCAAUUCCACCAAGCUUUGGAAACUUGAGAAAACUUUUACUCCUAGGUCUACCAAAUAACAGCCUUACUGGAUUGAUUCCUAGCGAAAUUAUGGAGCUGCCAUCAAUCUCAAUGUUUCUUGAUCUAUCUAACAACAUGCUGGAGGGACCACUUCCAUUAGAAGUCGGUAGUUUGGUAUAUCUCAGACAGCUCUUCCUAUCGGGAAACAAUUUCUCAGGUGAGAUACCUGAUACUAUUGGCAACUGCAGGGUCAUGGAAUUCCUCUUAAUGGAUGGCAAUUCAUUCCAAGGAAGCAUACCUGCUACGUUUAAGAACAUGACUGGCUUGACGGUACUUAAUUUGACGGACAACAAACUGAAUGGAAGCAUCCCUGGCAACUUCGCUACCCUUACCAACCUACAGGAGUUGUAUCUUGGCCACAACAAUUUAUCUGGAACAAUCCCAGACCUUUUAGGUAAUUCAACAUCACUGCUUCGCCUAGAUCUGUCCUACAACAAUUUGCAAGGUGAAAUACCAAAAGGAGGAGUUUUAAAAAAUUUGACUCGACUAUCAAUUAUUGGUAAUAAUGCAUUAUGCGGGGGGAUUCCACAGCUCCAUCUGCCAAAAUGCGCAAGCUUUUGUGCAAGAAAGAAUAGAAAAGACAUACCCAAGUUUCUUAGAAUAACAAUCCCAACAAUAGGAAGUCUCAUUUUACUUUUUCUAGUUUGGGCUGGAUUUCACCAUAGAAAGUCCAAGACAGUACCGAAGAAAGAUUUGCCACCACAAUUUGCAGAGAUAGAGCUUCCAAUAGUUCUGUACAAUGAUAUACUGAAAGGAACAAAUGAAUUUUCAGAAGCAAAUAUGCUUGGAAAGGGAAGAUAUGGUAGAGUAUACAAGGGCACACUAGAAAAUCAAGCCAUUGUCGUCACUGUUAAGGUGUUUAAUGUCCAGCAAUCAGGGUCCUACAAAAGCUUCCAGGCUAAAUGUGAGGCACUAAGAAGAGUGAGGCACCGAUGCCUUCUAAAGAUCAUUACAUGUUGUUCUAGCAUCAACCACCAGGGUCAAGACUUCAGAGCACUGGUCUUUGAGUUCAUGGCUAAUGGUAGCUUAGAUGGAUGGAUCCACCCAAAUUUGGAUGGCCAAAAUGGACAUAGAGCACUCAGUUUGUCACAGAGGAUGGACAUCGCUGUGGACAUUGUGGAUGCUUUGGACUAUCUUCACAACGGUUGCCAGCCAUUGAUCAUCCAUUGCGAUCUCAAGCCGAGUAACAUUCUUCUCAAUCAGGAAAUGAGAGCUUGUGUUGGAGAUUUUGGCAUUGCUAGAGUUCUAGAUGAAACAACAAGCACACAACACAUCAACUCCAGUAGCACCAUAGGAAUAAGAGGUUCCAUUGGAUACAUUGCUCCAGAAUAUGGAGAAGGGCUUGCGGUGUCAACUUCUGGAGAUGUGUUUAGUCUUGGCAUCACUUUGAUCGAGAUGUUCAUAGGGAAGAGCCCGACAGAUGAUAUAUUUAGAUAUGGGAUAAGCUUGCAUUAUUAUGCCGAGGCAGCUCUUCCUGACAAGAUUAUGGAGAUAGCAGAUUCCAACAUCUCGCUGCAUGAUGGAGUAAACAAUAGCAAUGAUACAAGACAUAUAACAAGAACUAGGGAAUGUUUGUUGGCCGUCAUUCAGCUUGGUGUCCUUUGUUCAAAGCAAUUGCCCACGGAGUGA